UGCGUUGGCAGUGUCCGUUUCGUUGUUGUCGAGACAGUAAAAGAAGUACUGGCUGCUUCUACACUGUCUGAGCAAUGGAGUGGAGGUACGGAACCUCAUAAACGCUGGACUAUCUUCGUCAAACGGACUUAUCAGAAAGGCGUGCCUACUGACCUUUCUCCUUGCAUUUCUCGCUCAGAGAGGAAUGACUCAAUGAACUCUAUGAGGCUUUCCGUUCGAGGCCUGCCCUCCUUGGCCUCCAUAACCAGCCAGGCGUCUGACCCCCGCUUCCGCUUCCGAUGGCGAGCCAUCACUGUUACAAUGCUGCUGGUUCUUGCCAUUUUGAUCUACAUGCAUCAGACAGCAGAGGUGGGUGGCAAAGACGACAGCAGAUCCGUCCAGCGCCUGGACAUAGGAGAGCUGAAAUAUAACGACACAUACCCGCUCAGUCCACCUGAACGGACCGCUAAGGGAAUCCGGUACCGGAUCGGAGUGAUUGCCGACUUGGACACGAACUCCCGUAGCCAGAAAGAGAACACCUGGUACAGUUACCUUAGGCGUGGGCACCUGUUGAUAUCGGAGAGUGGGGACAGGGUGGCUGUGGAGUGGGAUUCAGACAUUGUGGUGCUGGAGAGCCACCUGGCCGAAAAGGGGCGUGGCAUGGAGCUCUCGGAGCUGGUUGCAUUUAACGGGCACCUGUACAGCGUGGACGACCGUACAGGUGUGGUGUACCGGAUUGAGGGUACUCAUGCUGUGCCCUGGGUCAUCCUUCCGGACGGGGACGGUAGAGUUUCAAAAGGGUUCAAGGCAGAGUGGCUGGCUGUUAAGGAUGAGCGACUAUAUGUUGGUGGGCUUGGGAAGGAGUGGACCACCACCACAGGUGAGGUUGUCAACGACAACCCUGAGUGGGUAAAGGUGGUUGGUUUCCGUGGAGAUGUGGAGCAUGAGAACUGGGUGCCCCAGUACAACACGUUGCGGAGUGCUGCUGGUAUCAAACCGCCUGGCUACCUAAUCCAUGAAUCUGCUGCAUGGAGCGAUCAGUUGCAGCGCUGGUUCUUCCUGCCACGUCGCGCUAGCUCCGAACGUUACGACGAAACGGCAGAUGAACGUCGCGGUACCAAUCUCAUCCUCAGCUGUCCGUCGGACUUCAGCCACGUGUCUGUCAGUCACGUGGGCCCUCUGGACCCCACGCAUGGCUUCUCCUCCUUCAAAUUCGUCCCAGAUACAGAUGACCAGAUCAUCUUGGCGCUCAAGUCAGAGGAGGAUGCUGGCAAGAUAGCCACCUACAUCCUGGCAUUCACACUGGAUGGACGCAUCCUCCUGCCGGAGACCAAGAUCGGGGAUGUGAAAUAUGAGGGGCUGGAGUUCAUUUAAACUAGAAAUAAUCACUGUUCUCAGCACAACACAGGCCCAGCAGAGUGGACACCAACAGCGGUAUCUAUGGGUUUAUGAUGCAAGCUCUGUUGCCGGGGAGACGCCAUGGAGUCUAAGCAGGAGUGGAGGGUAGAUUAAGUGAGAGAAAUGAAUGAGAAGAGCUGAUUCAGAAUGUACCGUGUGAGUUAGCUCUCUAAGAACUCUCUCAGAAAGGAGCAUAAAGUCCUCUUAAUGUUGUGUGAACCUCUGCUAGAAACCUGACUCAUCAACACUCAGGGGAUUAACAGUAAAAGUCUUUUUUUUCUUGGAUGUAGAAUCAAAUCAGACAGUUUACAAUGUCUAAUUUGAAGACUUAAUUGAUAUAAAUUUAUGAAACCUUUACAACUUUAUUAUUAAAUUUUAUUUAUUUUCAGUGUUAAAAUGCUACUGAUGUUCAUGCUGGUUGACAAAUAUAUAUUUAUGAUAUUGGAAUAAUGCCCGGUACCAGUUGUUAUGCUGACCAUAAUUCUCCCAUGCAACUAAAAAUGGCU